CAGAGGGAGGCCCAUCUAUCAUAAACCCACCCGGAGCUGCCAUCUCCCGCCACCGCCACCGAGAGAAGGAGGGCAGAGCUGUUCCCCGGAGGCCGGCCCUCGCCGCACGGGGGAGUGCAGAGGGCCGGCUCCCCAGACCGAAGCGUCACGGCCCAGGCGCUGCCACCCCGUCCCUCCCACCCCAGGCCCAGCGCCCGUCCUGGGGCCGGCCCACCCCCCCCCGGCCUCCUGUGACCUCUCAUUCCGCCUGGCUGCCAUGCUCGCUGCCCCAGGGACCCCCGCCACAGGCUCCCCCAUCUCUCCCCUCCCAGGCCCUUUCAGGCCGAGGUCUCCCGCAACCCUGGAUGGACCGAACAUCUGCUCUCCCUGCCGACACCUGGACAGACAGCGCUCCUCCCCGAUCUCCAGGUCCCCUGGGCCCUGCAGUGUCACCCCGACACCCACCUCCAGCCGCACCUGAGGCCCCACUCACCUCCCUGCCCACCUCAGUGCUCUGUCCCUCCUGCCUCGGCGCACGGGGCCCCCAGCCCAGCCCACAUAGUCCAGGCUGCGACAUACCCUCUGGUCACUGCCAGGGAGCCCUGCUCAGGCCUGGGGACUCCCAGCCCCAUUCCAGUGCACCGAGUCCCUCCGGUCUCUUCCCUGCCCGGUCCCUAGCACUGCCCCCCGCUCGUCUCAGGACCUCCCCUGACUCACAGAAACCAGAGGGAGCCUCCGGAAAGUCAAGGUGGGCUGCAACACCCUCCCCCCACUGCAUCUCCAGUAUAGACGGACAUCUGCAGGGUCGGGUCAGCCCCCUCAGCAGGACCACCUCGUGCUGUCCCCCACCCCUUCCUCUUCUUUCCCCCAUCCUCAGCAGAGUCUCAGCCACGGGGCCUUUGCACGGCCGUUUCCUCCUCCGGGAACGUGUCCUCACCCCUCGGGACAUCACUUGUUCUCUCACUCUUCCCAGCACUCGGCACAGUUGGGGUUUUAGUCGCCCGUCUGAUAGACUCUGUCUCUCCUGCCAGACUCUUCUCUCACUCACCAAGGACAGAGCCACAUCAAACAGGCUCAGCUGCAUCUACGCACAGGGCCUGGUGCAGAGCAGGUGCCCACAACCCUCUGGGGACUCGGGCCAGGACAGCAUCCCACUCUCCCUCAGUGCUGGGACUCAUCUGCACCAGGCAGGAGGGGUUUCCUCCAGAGAAUCUGACCAGCCCGGAACAUCUCUCACAUGGAAGUCAGAGAACAGAGCACACAAACAGGAAAUAGCCACUUAGAAGAAAUAAACAUUGUUCAAGGAUAAGAAAGCUUCAAAUUUAACAUUAAUAAUCAGAGAUAAGAUACUACAAUCAAGAAACAAGAACAAUGUACUUUGAAAAAGGAACACUGCAAAAACCAAAAGGAGCUCUGAAGAUUGAAACAUUGAGAGCAGAAAGCAAACUUUCAAUAGGAAAGUUGCAAGACAAAGUGGAAAUGUUCUAGAAAUCAGUGAAAAAGGGAAAAAGUGGGACUAGAAAUGAAUGAGAGAACCAAUCUAAGACAGCCAAUAUCUGAAUAACAGUUCUAGAAAAUGAGAACAGAGAAAAUAGAGGAGGGAAUUAUUAAAGAAAUAACUCAAGAACUAUUCCCCCACCUCAUGGAUGUAAAUUACUAGGCAAGGAGGACUCACCAAGCUCCCAACACAGAGAAGGAAGACAGACCCAAGCCCAGGCUGCCAUCGGAAAACUAACUCAAGUGGAAGUUAGGAUUUUCAGAUGUGCAAGGUCUCUGGAAGCUUGCCCCCAAGGCACUCCUUCUCAGGAAGCUACUAAAGGGUUUGUUCCACCAGGAGGAGGGAGUAAACCAAGAAAGACUUAGGUUCCAGGAAAUGGAAUCAGCCCAGGACUGAGAUGUGGCCACAGGAGAGAUGAUUCCCGAAGGGUGAAGUUGGUUGCUGCCCAGGACAUAUCCGGGGACUUGGACAGUCGGUGGCGAGGUGAGUCAGUAAUGAGGACGUGGUUAACCAGCGGGGGAAAGGCAGCUGUUAGCUCUAGGAGAAAUGAAAUGUGCAGGAAGUGAAAAAUCACUGCUCAGGCUUGAGAGCAUUUUUGUGGUCUUGGUAACGGUACACUCUGAAUACAGGUGCGGACAGAAUAGCAACAUAAGGGUGAUGGGUGAGGUGGGAGAGGUGUGGGCCUGGGCGAGGUGAGGGGUGGGGACUGGAGAAAGCGCCUCAUCCGCGUGCUGGGAAGUCAUCAGGCGAUGGGAACAUGGACAGAUCUGGCAGCAGCACAAGCAUGUUAUGCACGCACCUGGACGUGGAUUCCCAAGGGAUCAGCUAAAAGCUGAAUAGAGGAUUCUGGGAACAUGGGGUAGGAAGCACCGGGAAUCUGUCUCCCCACCUGGAAAACAAUGGCACUGGCAGAAUCUGACUGAUGUAGCCAUUUUGGAAUUCUGAAGUCUGUUGAAGUCUUAACAACUUCCAGGGGAAGACUUGGAGAGUACAUUGUGGUUAAUUUCAGUCAAUUUCAGCUCUGAGAACAGAUGCAGCUACCCAUCCUUCCCCCCCCCACCCCACCCCCAGGACAGGCCACUGUGUAGGUGUCCUGGAGCAACUUACACAGAGUUUGCAGGAGCUAGGGUGGGCAAAAAGGACUCUGUCCUCCACAUAUCAGGGAUCUGUGCUCUGAUCACAGGGAGACAAAGGAGGGGGGCAUUGUUGCAGCCCCUCCCCCUCCAGCUCAAGACCUCCCAAAGAUUUAAAGGGUGAGCACCCACUUUCUCCCCUUCACUUUUGGUUUUCCCCUGUUGGGAGCCAGACAUCAAAGACUAGGACAUACAGAAACAGCUGCAUAUACAGGGGAAAUUAGGAAGUCACCACACAUGACCAGGAAAGCCUCAGGAAAAAAACGUGAGCAGAAAUUAAGUUUACACCUCAGGCUGAUCCUCAGCACAGACACAACCUCCAAUAACUAAAACAAAAAGCCCAGAAGUAACAGCUAGCUAGCUAGCUAAAUAAAUAAAUAAAUAAAUAAAUAAAUAAAUAAAUAAAUAAAAAGCCUUGGGGAAGGGGGAGAAUCUUAUUUCCAGAGUUACCACAUUAUCAGAAUCAAAUGUCCAGCAUUCAACAAAAAAAUCACAAGGCACACAAAGAAGCAGAAAAUGGCCCUUUCAAAAGAAAAAAUAAAUCAACGGAAUCUGUCACUGAAAAGACUUAACGCCAGAUGUACUAGAUGUACUUAAAACAUGGUCUUAAAUAUGCUCAAAGCAAAUAAUAUUUGGAGAAAGUCAAGAAAAUGCAUAACAAAAUGGAAAUAACAAUAAAGAGAAAACCUAAAAGAAACCAGAAAGAAAUUCUGAAACUAAAAGUACAAUCAUGGAAAUGAAAAUUUCACUAGACGGAUUCAAAGGCAGAAGAAAGAAUCAGUCAACUUGAGAGGAAAAUGGAAAUUAUCAAGGCUGAGAAACAGAAAAAAAGAUUGAAGAAAAGCAAGUAGGGCCUAAGGGACCUGUGGGACACCACCAAGAGACCGACAUAUGCAUUGUGGGAGUCUCAGAAGGAGAAGAAAGAGAGAAAGGGGUGGAGAGAAUAUCUGAGGAAAUAAUAGCUGAAAAGUUCGCAAGUUUGAUGAAAGACAUGAAUAUAAACAUCUAAGCAGCUCAACAAACUCCAAGUAAGAUGAACUCAAAGAGGUCCACUCUGAGAAAAGUUAUAAUCAAACUUUGAAAAGACAAAGAAUCUUGAAAGCAGCAAGAGAGAAAUGACUUGUCACAUAUAAGGGGUCCUCAAAUAGAUUAUGAGUAGACGUCUCAUCAGAAACGUUGGAGGGGGCUUCCCUGGUGGCACAGUGGUUGAGAAUCCGCCUGCCGAUGGAGGGGACACGGGUUCGUGCCCCGGUCCGGGAAGAUCCCACAUGCCACGGAGCGGCUGGGCCCGUGAGCCAUGGCCACUGAGCCUGCGCGUCCGGAGCCUGUGCUCCGCAACGGGAGAGGCCACAACAGUGAGAGGCCCGCAUACCAAAAAAAAAAAAAGAAAAAAAAAAAGAAACGUUGGAGGCACAAGAGAGCUAGCCAAUAUAUUCAAAGGGGAAAAAAAAACAAAACAAAACCCUCUCAACAAAGAAUCCUAGGGCUUCCCUGCUGGCGCAGUGGUUGGGAGUCUGCCUGCCAAUGAAGGGGACACGGGUUCGAGCCCUGGUCCAGGAAGAUCCCACAUGCCGUGGAGCAACCAAGCCCGUGCGCCACAGCUACUGUGCCUGCACUCUAGAGCCUGUGAGCCAGAACUACUGAGCCCAUGUGCCACAAUUACCGAAGCCCGUGCGCCUAGAGCCCGUGCUCCACAAGUGAAGCCACCGCGGUGAGAAGCCCAUGCACUGCAAUGAAGACCCAACACAGCCAAAAAUAAAUAAAUAAAAUAAAUUUUUAAAAGAGAGGAGAGAUUAAAGGUAAUAUUUUUUUAAAAAAGAAAGAAAGAAAUGCUCAGGGAGCCCUACAGGUGAAAUGAAGGAACACUAGGCAGUACCUCAAAACCUUGUGGAGAAACAAAGAUCUCAAUGGGGCUUCCCUGGAGGUGCAGUGGUUGAGAGUCCGCCUGCCGAUGCAGGGGACACGGGUUCGUGCCCCGGUCUGGGAAGAUCCCACAUGCCGCGGAGCGGCUAGGCCCGUGAGCCAUGGCCGCUGAGCCUGUGCGUCCGGAGCCUGUGCUCCGCAACGGGAGAGGCCACAACAGUGAGAGGCCCACGUAACGCAAGAAAAAAAAAAAAAAAAAAAAAAGAUCUCAAUGAAGGUAAAUACAUGGGCUAUUAUAAAAGCCAGUAUUACUGUAACAAUGGUUUGUAACUGUGCUUUUUGUUAUCUACAUGAUUUAAGAGACUAAUGCUUUUAAGGAUAAAGAAAAAAAAUUAAUGUAAUAGCUAGUAUUACUGUAAGUUUGGGUUGUGACUCCAAACCUUGUUUUUUACACACUUUAGGAGAUAGUGCAUUUAAAAUAAUUAGUAGGGUUUUGUUUGUUUGUUUGUUUUUAAUCACUCAUUGUACAAAGAUGUAAUUUUGUGACAUCAACAACCAAAAGCAGUGGGGAUGGAGCUAAAACAGUAGAAUUUUAUGCUAUUGAAAAAACAUUCAAAAAGCUGCUAUAUAUUCAGUUUAGAAUGUUUUAACUUUAGUAUGUUAAAUGUUAUCCCCAUGGUUACCCCAAAGAAAACAGUGAUAGAAUAUAUACAAAAAGAAAUAAGAAAGAACUUAAACGUUUCACUACAAAAAAUAAACACAAAAUAAGACAGGAAUGCAGGAAAUGAGGGACAAAAAAUCUACAGGGCAUAUAGAAAACAAAUAGCACAAUGACAGAAGUGAGUCCCUCCUUAUCAGUAAUUACUGUAAAUGUAAAUGUGUUAAAUCCCAAUCAAGACAGAGUUUGGCAGAAUGGCUAUAAACACAUCAUCCAACUAUAUCCUUUCUCCAGGAGACUCACAAAAUUGUGGAAGGUAAAAAACCAACAGAUCAAAGAAGAAAUCACAGUGGAAAUUAGAAAAUAUUUAGAGGUACAUCAGAAUGAAAACACAACAUACCACAACUUACGGAAUGCAGCAAAAGCAGUGCUAAGGGGGAAAUAUAUAGCUAAAAAUGCUGACAUUGAAAAACAGGAAAGAUACUGAAUCAGCAGCCUAACUUUACAACUUAAGGUACUAGAAAAAGAAGAACAAACUAAACCCUAAGCUAAAGGAAAGAAGGAAAAAAAGAUUAGAGAUCAAUGAAAUAGAGAACAGAAAAACAAUAGAGAAAAUAAAUGUAAACAAAAGUUGGUUCUUUGAAAAGAUAGAAUUGAAAAAACUUUAGCUAGAUGGACUAAGAAAAAAAGACUCAAAUUACUAAAAUCAGAAAUGAAAGUGGGUACAUUACUACUAAUUGUACAGAAAUAGAAAGGAUUAUAAGAGAGUACUAUGAACAACUGUAUACCAACAAAUUAGAUAACCUGGAUGAAACUGGAUAAUCUCCUAGAAACACAAAACCUACCAAGACUAAUUCAUGAAAAGAACAGAUAAUCUGAAUAGACCUGUAACUAGUAAGGAGACUGAAUCAGUAUCUAAAGUCUCUCCACAAAGAAAAGCCCUGGACCUCAUGGCUUCAUUGGUGAAUUCUAUCAAACAUUUAAAGAAGAAUUGAUACCAGUCCUUUUCAAAUGUCCCAAAAAAUCAAAGAGGAGGGAACCCUUCCUAACUCAUCUGUGAGGCUAGAAUAACCCAGAUAUCAAAGCCAGACAAAGUCACUACAAGAAAAGAAAACUACAGACCAAUAUCCCUUAUGAACACUGGUGCAAAAAUCCUCAAUGACAUACUAGCAAACCGAAUUCAGCAGCAUAUUUAAGGAUUAUACACCAUGACCAAGUGAGAGUUAUCCCUGGAAUGCAAGAACAGUUCAAUACAUGAAAAUCGAUCAAUGUAAUACACCACAUUAACAGAAUAAAGGGGGGACAAAACUACCUGAUCAUCUCAAUUGAUGCAGAAAAUGCAUUUGACAAAAUUCAUAUGGAGUCUCAAGGGAAUUCAGACAGCCAGAACAAUCCUAAAAAGGACGAACAAAACUGGAGGAAUUCACUUUUGAUUACAAAGCCGCAGUAAUCAAAAGAGUAUGGUCCUCAUAAAAGACCCAGAAUUGCCACAGAUAUCCUGAAGGAAAAAGAGCAAAGCUGGAGGCAAAACCCUCCCAGACUUCAGACAGUACUGUAAACCUACAGUAAUCAAAAGCAUGAUAUUGGCACAAAAACAGACAUAUGGAUUGGUGGAACAGAAAAGACAGCCCAGGGGACUUCCCUGGUGGUCCAGUGGUUAAGAAUCCACCUUCCAAUGCAGGGGACGCGGGUUUGAUCCCUGGUCAGGGAACUAAGAUCCCACAUGCCACACGGGACAACUAAGCUCGCCUGCUGCAACUACUGAGCAUGUGGGCCACAACUAGAGAGCCCACGUGCUGCAACUACAGAGCCCAUGCACCACAACAAGGAGCCCACGUGCCACGUAUUUUUUUUUUUUAAAAAGAGAGCCCAGAAAUAAACCCACACACCUACAGUCAAUUAACCUUCGACAAAGGAGGCAAGAAUAUACAAUGGGGGAAAGACAGUCUCUUCAACAAAUGGUCCUGGGAAAGGUGGACAGUUGAAAUUAGAACAUUCCCUGAUACCAUACACAAAAAUAAACUCCAAAUGGCUUAAAGACUUAUAAAUAUAAGACAUGACGCCAUAAAGCUCCUAGAAAAGAACAUAGGCAAAACAUUCUCUGAUGUAAAUCGUACCAAUGUUUCCUUAGGUCAGUCUCCCAAGGCAAUAGAAAUAAAAACAAAAAUAAACAAAUGGGACCUAAUCAAACUUACAAGCUUUUGUAAAGCAACGGAAACCAUAAACAAAAUGGAAGGACAACCUACGGAUUGGGAGAAAAUUAUUCGCAAGUGAUGUGACCAACAAGCGUUUAAUUUCCAAAAUAUACACACAGCUCCUACAACUCAGUAACAAAAAACCAAACAACCCAAUCGAAAAAUGGGCAGAAGACCUAAAUAGACAUUUCUCCAAAGAAGACAUAUAGUUGGCCAAGAGGCACAUGAAAAGAUGCUCAACAUUGCUAAUUAUUAGAGAAUACAAAUCAAAACUACAAGAUACCACCUCACACUGGUCAGAAUGACCAUCCUCAAAAAUUCUACAAACAGUAAAUGGUGGAGAGGGUGUGGAGAAAAGGGAACCCUUCUACACCGUUGGUGGGAAUGUGAAUUGAUGCAGCCACUAUGGAAAACUAUGGCGAUUCCUCAAAAAACAAAAAACGGAACUACCAUAUGAUCCUGUGAUCCCACUCCUGGGAGUGGGAUUACGGAAAACUGAUUUGAAAAGACACAUGCACCCCAGUGGUCAUUGCAGCACUAUUCACAAUAGCCAAGACAUGGAAGCAACCUAAGUGUCCAUCGACAGAGGAAUGGAUAAAGAAGAUACGGUACAUAUAUCCAAUGGAAUAUUACUCAGCCAUAAAAAAGAAUGAAAUAAUGCCAUUUGCAGCAACAUGGAUGGACCUAGAGAUUAAGUCAAAUAAGUCAGAAAGAGAAAGACAAAUACCAUUUGAUAUCACAUAUGUGGAAUCUAAAAUAAGACACAAAUGAACUUUUACGAAACAGAAAAAGACUCAGAGACAUAGAGAACACACUUGUGGUUGCCAAGGGGGAGGGGAUUGGGGGAAGGAUGGAUUGGGAGUUUGGCAUUAGCAAAUGCAACCUUUUUUUUUUGCAAACUAUUAUAUACAGAAUGGAUAAACAACAAGGUCCUACCGUAUAGCACAGUGAACGAUAUUCAACAUCCAGUGAUAAACCAUAAUGGAAAGGAAUAUGAAAAAUAAUAUAUAGAUGUAUAACCGAAUCACUUUGCCACACAGCAGAAAUUAACACAACAUUUUAAGUCAACCAUACGUCAAUAAAAUUUUAAAAAGCAAACAAAAAAACCCCAGUAUGGUCCUGUUAUAAAGACAGACAUACAGACCAAUGGACUAGAAUAGGAAGCCCAGAAAUGAACUCUUACAUAUUCAGUCAAAUGAUUUUUGAUGACAGUGUCAAGACCAUUCAAUGGGGAGAGGACAGUCUUUUAAACAAAUAGUGCUGGGAAAACUGAAAAUCCACACACCAGAGAAUGAAGCUGGACUGGGACUUCCCUGGUGGUCCAGUGGUAAAGAAUCCGCCUUCCAAGGCAGGGGAUGCGGGUUCAAUCCCUGGUCAGGGAACUGAGAUCCCACGUCUCGGGGCAACUAAGCCCACGCACCACAACUACUGAGCUUGCAUGCUUCAAUGAGAGCCCACGCGCCCUGGAGCCCGCACGCCACAGCUAGAGAGAAGCCCACGCUCCACAACGAAGAGCCAGCGUGCUGCAACGAAAGAUCCCACAUGCCUAAAUGAAGAUCUAAGACAUGCCACAACUAAGACCCAAUGCAGCCAAAAAAAGAAAGAAAGAAAAUAAAUAAAAUUGAAAAAACAAACAAAAAACAAUGAAGCUGGACCCUGACCCAAUUAACUCAAAAUGAAUAAGGACCUAAAUGUAAGUCCUAAGACAGUAAAGCUCUUACAAGAAAACAUGGGGCAAAAACUUCACAGCAUCGGACUUGGCAAUGAUUUCUUGGAUGCGACACCAAAGACACACACAACCAAAGAAAAACGGACGAAUUCAACUAAAUGAAAAUUUAAAAAUUUUGUGCAUCAAAAGACCGUUCACUGAGUAAUAGGCAAUCCACAGACUGGCAGAGAAUAUUUGUAAAUCACCUGAUAGGGGAUUAAUAUCCAGGAUAU